CUACACAAUCUCAGAACUUUCGGUUCUGGCGCCGUCUUAAAGCAUCACAUAACCUCCGCCUCAACUCGCCCCACCCGUGGCGCCCCCGGCACUAGCCCGGAGGACGUGUGUUUGUCUUCACGCAGGUUAUUUGGACGGCUUUAAUUCCUUUCCGGUGUCUCUUACCUGUGUGCGUGUUGUUAAGCCGAUCCACGGUCGCAGAGGAGCAUUCGAUCCGCUUCGCCUGUGGUCGGGAGCGUCACAGCUAUCCACAGUUCGACGGAGCUGGAGAACGUCUCCAUAUUCUAGUCGGAAACGGCAAGAGUGAGGUUGUGUUUCAUCGACAGGUGGUUCAGCCACAAUAUUAAAACCGACCAAGCAUCUAGUAACCAUCGACUAAGACGCAAAUGGUGGACGGAAACCUCUUCAUACCACUGUCUCCGCCUAGCUCGCCGCGCAUGUCAGCGUUCAACGCGACUUCUGCAGAGAACGAGUGGCAAAUCCAAGAGCUCAAGUCCCUGGACCAGGGAUCAGUAAACUCUGAAAGUGACAUGGCUAUGCUGCACGCUGAAAUUUCUGGCCAUCCCAUGGAAAUGCACAGGCGUCCAAUGUUGCGAGCACACAAGAGCUUUCCAUACUCCUUGAAGCCAUCGGGGCAGCCUUUGCAUCGUCUGAACUCUUCGAUGGAUGAACACACCAGUUCACCAUCGUCGCAAAGAGAACGCAUCACCAUCAGUAAUCUUGAGGACCUUGAGUCUGGUGAGCUGCCUACUAUGACUUUUGGUGGGUCUGCGCCUGCUAGUCCUGUCUCCAGAUUGACUCCUCCGUCGCUUAGUGGAGAGAAGAGUGAUGAGCAUGGGGACGAGCAGGACGACUUCCAGGAUGGCGACAUCAUGUCUGGAGACGGGGACGACGAGCAAAAACCCGCAAUGUCCGCUGCAGAACUCCGCGCACAAAAGCGCAAGAUGAAGAGAUUUAGACUCACGCACAACCAAACGCGCUUUUUGAUGAGCGAGUUCACACGCCAGGCGCACCCGGACGCGGCCCACCGUGAACGGCUUGCCCGAGAAAUACCGGGGCUGAGUCCUCGACAAGUCCAAGUUUGGUUCCAGAAUCGGAGGGCGAAGUUAAAACGGUUAACGACUGAUGAUCGUGAAAGGAUGAUGAGAUCCAGAGCCUUGCCAGAUGAUUUUGACAUGGCCCAGGCACUGCACUCACCGUUCGGAACAACUCAUGGAAUGGGAACACCAUUGGCAUCCCCUGGGUCAUAUACACCAUCGUUUCCUGAAGGGAACAUGAUGCGGUCGCUCAGCAUCGAUACUUUACGACGAAUGCCGGACGGAAGCCACAUAUCUCCUACCGGUAUUAGCCCUGCCUUUGGGGGAUUCGCUUUUACUCCACCACAGUCUGCGACUGAAAACAUAUCCCCUGUUUCUACUGGCCAUGAAAACUCUUUUGGUUACGCAUCAGCGCAAUUUGACGGAAGCCCUAGGAGAUCGAAUCCCUUCAUUGGAACCAUGUCGAUGAGUACAUCGCCAGCCUACGCAGCACACCCCAACAUCCCUCGUCUUCAACUUCACGCCGAUCGUGUUUCAAGAACGCGGGCUGAGUCUCUCUCCUCUCCACUGAGGGCGAGUAUGACGUACAGUAAUGCUGGAAAUGAUGGGGGGCUCAACGCACCCAAUGAUCACUCCCACCAGCAGAUGGAAAAUUCGCACAUGGGCGGUGAACAAUCUCAAAAGCCUUUCUCGAGUUCGAUGAUGCCGUACGGACUUGGUUACUCCUACUCUCAAAUCCCGGGCUUUCAAGCAGGAGCCACAACACGCGUUCGUUCCCUGUCCGGCAGCGUGCCCAGGCGAAUAGAGCUCAGCACACAUUACACACCAAGCCGCAGUGCAACAACGCCACAAACGGCGACGUUUCCCAAUUAUACGAGCUCACCACUCAUCACACCACAAAGCUUCCAGAUGCCUCACAUGAGCGCGCCACACCAUAUUACCUCCUUCCAGAACUCUUACCUGCGCCAGGAUGUUGGCCACGGCGAUUCGUAUCCACAAGUCGGGGCUGUACUGGGGGAAAUCCUUGAAGGGUCAAACCAGGAAAACCAAGAGUCGAACGACAGCUCGACUCAACUCCAGCAAUCGUUCUGACCGGCUAGAGAACAAGUACAGUACUAGGAAAUGUCUGCGUAUACUCGUCUGCAACUGUUGAAGUCUCUCAUACCUUUUGGCCAAUCGGCAUCAAGGCUACAGCAACCCUUUUGAACGACCUAUGAGGCCGGCAGGCCACCUCAGACGGCGCCACCUAUCACUACACAGCACGGGCAUUAGCAUACUUCCAACCUUGCUUCGGAACGAAUACUGGUAUUUUACGGAGCUACCUCAUGCAGCAGCAACGGAGUUUACGCUGAAUUUCGUCCUAGUACUCUAGA